GACGUCGCGUACUUGGCCAAACACUGCUUGCACUCGGACACCGUCAUCACUUUGGCUUCUGUCAAUGCCCCAGCGGUUCCGCCCGGCAUCUGGCAGCCACCAGAUUUCGCGCCCGAGGCCCCUGCGAUGCAGUUGGAUACGCUGCUCACGGCACUCGGCGUCGUCGCGCCCGCUGUCGAAGCGGUUGUGCCCAAGGGGAUGAACAAGCACGCAGGCUCUCCAGAAGCUGCUGGCAGCUUGUCUGGUGGAGCGGAGGUGGGCAUGCGCCCUGCCGCAGCAGCCCCCACCUCGCCCGACAUGCCGCAGCCGCCGCCGACAAUUUCGUCACGAUCUGGAGAGCGCCACAGGAUCUGCCAGCGAAGGAUCUCGGACAUUCUCUCGCAGUACGACCCCGACUCUUUGUUCAGGAUCGACUCCUGGUUGACCAAGUACAAGGGCUCGGAGGACAUACUCUAUGUCAAGGUGUGCAAGAAGUACGGU